AGUCAGUCAGUCAGUCGCACUCUGCACCUCCUUCAGUAAGGACUCACCUUUCCCCAGUUCAAGUGCAGUUCUGUAUGUGCUUGUACCUCAUGGAGGGCAGGGUCACCUGUGGACUGUGGAUGGUCGCCUUUCUAAUGGGAUGUGGGCGACUGUCGGCGUUCAACCUGGACACCGAGAAUGUCCUGCGGAAGAGCGGAGAUCCAGGCAGUUUGUUCGGCUUCUCUCUCGCCAUGCACUGGCAGCUUGCUCCGGUGGAUAAGAGAAUGCUGCUGGUUGGUGCCCCGAGAGCAAAAGCCCUGAAUCGCCAAAAAUCUAAAGUGACAGGAGGACUGUACAACUGUGACAUGACUUCCACCUCAGCUAGUUGCCCCAGAGUUAACUUUGACAACAGCGAGGAUUUAACCAAAGAGAGCAAAGAGAACCAGUGGAUGGGAGUGUCGGUCAACAGUCAGGGGCCAGGAGGAAAGAUUGUGACCUGUGCCCAUCGCUACCAGCGGCGGAGCAAUGUGGGCAAACCCCUCGAGUCCCGCGAUAUUAUCGGCCGUUGCGUCGUGAUGAGUCAGUCCUUGACUAUCGACCCCUCAUCGGGCGAGGAGGGAGAAAGCUGGCAUUUCUGCGACCAAAGGAACAGAGGCCACGAGUUGUUUGGUUCCUGCCAGCAAGGCCUCUCUGCCACAUUCGACAAUGACUACCACUACCUCAUCUUUGGGGCUCCUGGAGCGUACAACUGGAAAGGUGUGGUACGCUUGGAACAAAACAACGAAACCCUCCUAGAUAUGGGCAUCUUUGACGACGGUCCUUUUGAGGUGGGAGAUGAGAACGAAAAGAACCCUGACCUGGUCCCCGCUCCUCCCAACAGCUAUCUGGGCUUCUCUCUGGACUCGGGGAAUAGUCUGACCAAGAAGGGCCAGCUGACGGUGGUGGCCGGAGCUCCCAGAGCCAACCACAGUGGAGCGGUGGUGCUGCUGAAGAAAGGCGCGCAAACAAGCAAAAUCAUGGUAGAGGAGUACACCCUGGAAGGGGAAGGGCUGGCCUCGUCUUUCGGCUACGAUCUGACUGUGAUGGAUCUCAAUGGGGACGGGUGAUGGCUGAGUUUGUAUGUCAGUGGCAACCGCCAGUACUUUGAGAAGGACGGGGUAAUCGGAGGAGCUGUCUACGUCUACGUCAACAAUAAGGGACAGUGGAACAAAGUCAGGCCCACCAGAAUAACCGGACCUCAGGACUCCAUGUUUGGCCUGGCUGUGGAAAACCUGGGAGACAUCAAUCAGGACGGUUUCCAGGAUUUUGCAGUGGGAGCUCCUUAUUCGGACGAUGGUGCGGGGAAAGUUCACAUCUACCAUGGAGCAGCCACGGGUCUCAGCUCUGAAAAAGCUGCACAGGUUCUGUCCGGCAAGCCUUUAGGAGUGAAGCUGUUUGGCUACUCUUUGGCAGGAAACAUGGACUUGGAUAAGAACUCCUACCCUGACCUGGCCGUGGGAUCCCUCUCUGACUCCGUCUUUGUCUACAGAGCCCGUCCAGUUGUUAACGUCAAGAAGGAAAUCAAGUUCUCACCGGAGGAAAUCGACCUCACCAAAAAGAACUGUGGAAACAAAUUCUGUUUGGACGUUGAUGUAUGCUUCACCUUCACUGCCAACCCCCAGAACUACUCUCCCAGACUGACGGUGUCAUACUCCCUCGAGGCGGACGCUGCCCAGAGGAAGAUCGGUCUCAUCCCCAGGGUGACCAUCUCCGAGCCCUCGGAGGGUUCCUACAAGUCCAGCGGGACAGUCACCUUGGACAGCAAAGGAAAGAAACAGUGCAUUAAGCGUCAGCUUGUCAUACAGGAUAAUAUUCGUGACAAGCUGCGCGGGAUCCCCGUCGAUGUGUCCGUGAGCAUCUUGGACAGCAGCCGUAAACGCAGACAGAGCUCCACUCCUCAACUGUCCCCGGUCCUGGACGCCAACGAGCCAGCCAUAACUCGAUCAGUGGUGAAUUUCCUGAAGGAAGGAUGUGGCAGCGACAAUGUUUGUCGAAGCAAAUUGCAGGUGACAUAUCGCUACGGCUACAUGACAAAGGACAGUGACACGUUCACUCCGUUACAUCUGUAAGAUGAUACGCACACGCACACACACACACACACACACACACCUUUAUUCACAAGAGCAUCACGGAGGACCUCCCUCACUUACUCUACUUCCCAAACUCUACCUGGUGAGAGGCUGGUAACAUGUGUAGCCAACAAAGCCGGCUCGCAGGCUGAUUGUGACCUUGGGAACCCCUUCAGACGUGACGCUGAGACGACCUUCUACAUCAUACUGGAUACAUCGCGCAUCUCUCCCAACUCUACUGAACUGGAGAUUGAUCUGCAGCUGAACACGACAAGCUCCCAGGAGAAAAUGGCCUCUGUCAAAGCAAGAGCAAAGGUGGUUAUCGUGUUGCAUCUGUCUGUAUCAGGACAUGCCGAGCCGUCUCAGGUCUACUUCACAGGAGUGGACAAAAGUGACACAGCCAUGAAGACUGAAAGCGACAUCGGCAGUGCCAUCACACACCAGUUUAGAAUAAUCAAUCUGGGAAAGAGUUUGAAAGACUUUGGCAGUGCCAAACUUCACAUCAACUGGCCAAAAGAGACAGUGAAUGGGAAGUGGCUGCUCUACCUGACGCGUAUCAGCUUCACUGGGUUGGACCAGGUGGAUUGCACUCCGAAAACGGAGAUCAACCCUCUUAACAAGGAAAUAAGCAACACCAGGAGGAAAAGGACAGCAGAAAACCCCCAGGGAAUUGACAAGGGGACUUUGUCACGUUUUCUUGACCCGAAGAAUUCGAAGAACUUUGAAACUCUGUCCUGUGACAAAGGGGCCGAAUGUGUGACGAUAUCGUGCCCCCUGCAGGGCCUGGACAGUAACGGAGUCAUCACUCUCAGCUCUCGCCUCUUUAACAGCACCUUCAUAACGGAUUAUUCCAAGCUCCAUCACGUGGAGUUGACAGUGAAGGCCUCUCUGCAUGUCAACAGCGGAGGAAAGAACAUAAUGCUGGAAAAUGCUGACACACAGGUGAGACUGAUGGUGUUCCCAGAGAGGCGUGAAGCCCAGUACGGAGGAGUGCCGUGGUGGAUCAUCGUGCUGUCCAUCCUGUUUGGGCUGCUGCUGUUGGCCCUGCUGGCUUUCCUUCUGUGGAAGUGUGGCUUUUUUAAGCGUGCCAAAUAUGAAGAAAAGGUUCCCAGUUACAACGCUGUUUGGAUAAAACGGGAGGAGAGAGCGAUAAACCCCGGUAACGGGAAGCAGCAAAACCUGGAAAAGAAGCCCUGGAUGACAACCUGGCAUGACAAAGAACAUUAUUCUUAACAGAUUUCCUGUCGUUUACUGAUGAACUUCCCAAUUUCACUGCUUAUUUUUCCUGCUUUUUCUUUGCACAGCGUGGACUGUAAAUAUCAAGAGACCGUCAUUUUUAAAGAAAAGUCCGUAUGAAUCACUGGAAGGAGAGUUGCAUUGUGGGAGAUGGUCCUGCACAACUGGUGUCUGUCAGAGAUUUGUUUUAUACAUUUACUACAUUCAGUGUUGACCGGGGGGAGGGAGGGCAGAAGGGUUUCUAUUUUUUUUGUACUGUCUUUGAAUGGGUUUGCAGAAUCAUUUCUAUUUAUUCUUCGCAAGGAGUACUUUAUGUUACGUGUCCUACAGGCCAAAGAGUCAUGCCACGCAUAUACAGGCAACCUUUGUAUUUCCACAAUUUAAAGCGAUUUUUAAACUUUUUUUUUUUUUUUUUUUUAAAUCAUUACUACUGUGCAUCUGCUUUAACUCAGGUGCCUCAGGUUGUACAUUAUGAAUGAAAACUGCAACUUAAAACCUACUACCAAGCCUCUGCAGAAUUCACAUUUUUAUUCACUGGCUGUAAAAUAGGAAGAGUGUGAGAGCAAACAAAUAGUUUCUUGAAUACAUUUUUUAAGGUGUUGUCAUAUCCAUGUGUUCUGUGUGUGAAUAUUUGUGGCCAAAUAAAUGUUUCAGAGAAUAGCAA